AUGCGUCCCAUCCGCUCCGUGGACAGUAUUCUCUCUGUCUUCAAACAAAAGUCGACGCCAUCCAAUAUCCGGCAGCUAUGCCUCAGUCCUGGCCCGGACAGCGUGCCAUCAGUCUUCAACCUCUUGCCGGCAGAGAUUCUGCUGACAAUAGUCACAUUGCUACCACGGAGCGCUCUCGCAUGCCUCAUGCUGACCUCAAAAUACCUUUACAACACUCUAUCCCCCGGCUUUGAGCUCAGAAUGGAAGGCUUCCCCGAUGAGAGGUCUGUCUUCAUUCGCUUAUUGGAGAAAGAUCUGCCACAGAUGGUGGUAUGCUACAGCUGCGAAAUACUGUUUGACUGGAGAGAAAAAUCACGCUGGCGCUGUCCAAACCACUCCAACCAUCCGUUCUUCGAUUUUGAUCCCAUCUGGUGCUACGCCCACGAGCCAGGAUUUAUCUCUCGAGAAAUGGUGGACCUCUUUGUACGGGGACAUGAACUGGGCCCAGAGUAUGGUCCCCAGCUCUACGAGCUCGCCCACAGCUGUGACAAGGACGGCGGAUGGUUCCGGACCCGGGGCAGAAAAGUUGCCAGAGUCCUCGAUGCUCGGAUCCAGCAGGGUCGGCUUCUCCUCCAUGGCGUCUACAGCCUGACCGCUCCUAUUCCUACGUUUUCCAUCGAUCCCGAAGAAGGAUACUAUGACCGCUCUUGGGAGUACGCGCUCAUGCGUGAAAUGGGCAAGUUUAACGGCAUCGGCUGCAUUCACCUAAGAACCGCCCUCCCUGCAAUUAUUCUGGAGGCCGUGCGCCAACUGCGUCUCGGCGUGCCAAACCCACUGUGUGAGGAUCUAGUCAACUGCGGCUACUGCGCCACUGAUCUGCGCGUGCGGGCCUUGACUGACUUUCCUGGACAAAUCAUACUCCAAGUGGAGACGUGGCGAUCUUUUGGAGGGAGAGAUAUGUACGCGAGAGAUCCUCUCGAGGACGCCCACUUCCAGAUUCCAGGUGUGAGGAAUAUUCGUCUGGACAUUAAUCAGCCCCCCUCUCGGAACCUUCAACAACUUUACAAUGGAGGGUCUGUACGCCGUACGAACAUGCUUCAGCUUCCUCCUCAUCGCCAGACAUGGCUUCAGAGAUGGAAAUGGUCCUACGCGGAUUAUACGGAGCAGCUUUGGGUAGACCUAAUCAACCUUGGAGGCUCAGCCAUAGCUGUCCGAGUUCCACGCCCUGGGCAGCCAAAGAGGUUCUUCAUCUUGCGAGAGACAAUUAAGGAUAUCUUCGAUGCGAUGAAGCUGCAUCUUCAGGCUCUCAAAGCUUCUCGUCAUCCAUGGUUUUGGACCUAG